AUGCGGCUAGAGAUCAGUGUUAGAGACUUGCCAAAGCUCAAGGACGGGGAGUAUACUACUACAGUUGAGGGAUAUCGCUAUGAACAACAGGGUGCCAAGCAGAGUUUGAAGGACUUUGCAACUUUUUCUCUGUGUUGGCAGUGUAGCACCCUAGGCUCAUUGGCUCAAGCAGGUGAAAGUCCGCAUUCUUCCAGUGACUAUGAACACUGGCAACCAUCAUUCUGGGCCAUUCAUCGUAGAUGGCAAUUUUACCACCCAUCUUCUGGCUAUAUAUUUGGAAAGGCGCCAAACACCCUCAAGGUAAUGGAAAAUGACCAGUAUGCUUACCACCGACGUCAUGCUCCAUUCUAUCCCUUUCAAGACCAGGCAGAGUUUGACCUUGCAAAAUUCCUUUGUGAACGCUUAAUGCAAAGUAAUAUGGAGCGAUUUCUCAAGCUGGAAUGGGUAUGCCGAGCUGGUCUGUCGUUCAGCUCCAAAGAUCAGCUACUUGCAUGGGUGGCUUCUCUUCCAACCAGACCAAAAUGGUGUUCAACGACCCUUGAAAUGACCGGGUACCCAACGAUCCAACUGAUAAACCUCAUAUGGCGUGAUGGCUUAGAGGUAGUGCAAGAUCUCUUUGCAAAUCCAAUUUUUGCGAACCACAUGACGUAUGACCCACACGUCGUGGGUCAACUUCCCGAAGGCGCUACCAUUGUUCCGAUGAUUGUUGCAUCGGAUAAGACACCUGUGACCCGGCAUACAGGAGGACUUGAAAUGCACCCUAUUUUUGUCACUAUCACCAACAUUCAAUCUGACGUGCGGAUGAGAGCAACAUGUCAUGCUUGGCGAUGUGUCGCAUAUAUGCCGAUUCCCAAAUUCGUUGACGUUCAUCCUGACUACCAAACCAUUCUCAGCCAACAUCUAUUCCAUAAGUGCAUGGACAUCGUCUUCGCAGACACUAAGGUCGCAGCCAUGGUGGGCAAGUUCAUGCCUGAUCCAGCCGGACAUCUACGACACUGCUUCACACCUUUGGUCGCGUACACUGCGGAUCUGCCGGAACAGCAAGCUAUAGCAUGUGUCUCGAAGGUCGCUUCUCCUAUCACAUUGGCCACGUCUCAAUCUUUUGAAUUCCAGGAGGAAGCUAAGGCUCAUUCAUUAAGUGGCAUUCACCAGCCUUUUUGGCAGAAUUGGCGGCACUCAGAUCCUUCUCGCUUUCUGGUAGGAGAGAUUCUCCAUACCUGUCACAAGUUUUUCUUUGACCACCCAUUCAAGUGGUGCAAAGAAUCGGUGGGGAAGGACGAACUCGAUCUCCGUUUCCGAAGUCACCACAAGAGAGUAGGAACACCCCAUUUUUCAUCCGGAGUAUGUCAGAUGAAACAAAUGACCGGUUGGGAACAUCGGGACUUGCAAUGCACCUUGGUUCCUUCUAUUACUGGGGCCCAAAGCCCUGUUUAUUCUGACACCUCUGUUGAUUCCAUGAAACACGCAAUAUUGGAUGCAGGCGCGAGACGAGGCACCAAAGGAACACUUGACAACUUUAUCAUCCCGAAGCUCGAGCUUUUGCAGAGUUUUGCUUCGUUCACCAAGGACACUGGCGCCCUCAUCCAAUGGACUGCUGACGUCACUGAGCGUCUUCUCAUUACUCACUGUAAACUCCCUUUUGAGAGGACAUCACGCCAGUCACAUACCUUCACAGAACAAAUCGAGUCGAUGCAGCGAUUCCAAUUGUACCUCUUCCUACGGAUGCAUGAUUCCCCCCUCGUCAAUGCCAUAGUUACAGAAGAGCAAGAGGUCACUGAAACUGACCCUGCUCUCACAUGGAUCGCCCGCAUUGCACCUAAUGAUCCAAAUCAACGGUGUUUUGUCGGGCCGCGCCCAGGCAUCCUGUCUUCCACUACUACAGCUGCCUUUCACGUCACCAUUACUCCUGAUCGAGCCAAGAUUCAAUUCACGACAGCAUGGAGAAAUGAUCGUGGUCGCCUCAAGACGUGGAAUAAUCAAGUCUUUCCUCUAGGAAAUUGCGAUGCUGUGAUUACGCAGUCGAUACAUGUAAAUCAUAUUGCUCAAGUGCGGGUAGUCUUCCAGCCCAUUGCACCUCGCCACGUCACACUUCCCCACUACCUUGCGGACCAACCGCUCCUCUAUGUCCAGUACUAUGAGAUCGUUGGGGAUCCAGGCAGUCAGCCUGCCAUCAGUAUGUAUACAGUGGCUCGAAAAUAUUGGGAAGGGCCCACAGGCCAGUGGAUAAGAUUGGGUGCAGUCAUUUCUCUCACAGAUGUCACGCAUGUGGUAGAGCUUAUCCCUAUGUAUGGCCAAGGCGCUGACCGUACAGUGGGUGCAGCGACGAGUAUGGAGGUAUAUGAGUGCUUUUAUCUGAACAAUUUCUUGGACAAGGAGGUGUAUCACUCAUUGCACUCAGAUUUGCAUUAG